AUGGCGGACGAGAAGGUUAUCUUUUGUGCAAACUGUGGACACAAACAACGAUUCAUGAAACGGUGCAGUGCCUGCGGACAAGUAUUCUAUUGGUAAAAAUGUUUCCUUAGUAAGAUUUUCAAAUUACGCGAUUAAUGCGCUACACCUUAAUCUUCGGAUCUUUAUGUUGAUGUUAAUAAGCCUAAGAUUAUAUCGCGAAAUAUUGCGACAUUUUGACUGGUCUUCAUCCAGGCAGUCAAAAUCAAUUAAUUAGCACCAUCACCUGAUGAAGACCGAUCAAAAUGCCCCGAUCAAUAACAAAGUGACUAUCAUUAUCUUAGAGGGUAAGCGAGCCUGUCUAUAUAUUCAUAUAAGCUUAUAUUAAACUUUGGGUGAUCUCAAAUUUUGUCUCUCCUUGUAAAUAUAUAACAGCUGAAACGGUUCUUUACUGUGAGGCUGGUCUUCACUUGUGACGAAGUCGAAUGGGAAUCGUAAGUAGAGUUGUAAGAGUGCUUGUGGCCUUGUGAAAAUCAAAAAAUUGGAGUCAAGUCGUAUGCAGAGUCAUAAGAGCAACACAAUCGCAUUCAGAAGAAUCAGAACAUUUCCAUUUUCUUCUGACUCCGCUUAUGUCUGCCGUUUGCAAUCUAGUGAAAACCAGAUUGUCGGAGUCAGAAGCAGAAGCAGAAGGAUAAAUCAAUCACAAUGCACAUCCCCAGGCUUUGUGAUUGGUUUAGUUCUUCUGCUUCUGCUUGCGACUGAUGACCCAGUUUUCACUUGAUCAUAAAUGGCGGAGUAGUAAGUGCAAUCAGAAUGCUUUUUUCACUAGAUCAUAAAGUUCUAUGCUCCUGAUUAGAACUCCAACUCCAUCGCUAGUGAAAAUCAGCCUUUUACUAGGUUAGCUCCUUAUAUUAUUUUAGUAAUAACAAGAUUUUGUUCUUGUUGUUGUGUUUGUUAUUAUCAUAAUCAUCUUUAUUUUUUUCAGCUCAAAGGAAUGUCAAAUCAGGCAUUGGCAAUGCCACAAGUCAGCUUGCCACAAGUUAAGAAAAGUGGACCAUGUUGAAUUAACAAAAGCUAACUGUUUUAAAGUCUCAAGCAAGUCAAGCCUAUCUGAUGUGCCUUUCUUGAAAUGUGCUGGAAAUGAAUCAGUUACUUUGAAAUCAUCUCUGGAAGAUGACGGGUGCAAAUGUAAAGAAUUUAACCGGCAAGAUGAGCUCACGGGACAUUCUUAUAGCAUCACAUCAGCAAGUACCAUUAGUAACUGCUUCGUUUGCAAAGUUCAGAAAGAGGAGGAUGGAGAAGGGACCUUUGAAUGCUCACAGCAGCAGGAUGACACAAUGAAUCAAGUCCAUCAGACUCCAUUAAAAGAGCUUGAUAUAUGUAAAUCUGAAAACACUUUUAUAGGGAAAAGUGUUACAAUAAUAAUCAAACACAACAAAGUGAGACAGGAACUGAGUGUUCCAUCAACAGAGAAUGGUGAUGCGAUUUUACAGAUGAUUUCACAUUGUGUUGGCAUCCCUGUGUCCAAGUUAAAACUUAUUCACAAAGGCAAGAUGGUAACAAGAGACAAUAUUCAGAGCAUGCUGUUCAAUAAAGCUCUCUUUCUAGCAUUUGGAGAAAUUUCCGAGAGCGAGGAGGGUUUGGAAAAGGAGGACAUUGAUUUGAUUGUAAAGCAACUUGGUGUAGAAAGAAACCUUGCAGUAAAAGUUUUGAGAAAGAAUUGCAAUGUAGUGGAUGCUAUUAUUGAGAUUGGAAAUAUGUAA